AUGGCCGCCAACAACUCGGGCAGCGGCCAGGGCCCUCCCGCCAGCGGCGAUGCCGACCCCUUCCCCUUCCCCGGCGGCAAGUCGCCCGGCAUCGGCUUCACCAUGAAGCACGGCUGGCUGUCGUCGUCGCACGCGCCCUACGACCGGGACGAUGACCCCGAGGCCGUCCUGUCAGGUCCGUCGGCCUCGCAGGACGGCCUGUCGCGCCGCCCGCCGCCGACGGCCCGGGACAACGGCGACCUGGUGACGGCCAUCGAGGACCGCGACCUCAAGCGCGGGCUCGCGCAGCGCCACCUGUCCAUGCUGGGCAUCGCCGGCGCCAUCGGCACGGGCCUGUUCCUGUCCCUGGGCAGCGCCAUCCAGAACGCCGGCCCGCUCGGCACCCUGCUCGCCUACGCCACCGUCGGGCUCGUCGUGUGCUGCGUCCAGUUCGCCCUCGGCGAGGUAUCGGCCCUGCUGCCCGUCACGGGCUCCUUUGUGCGCCACGCCGAGUUCCUCGUCGACCCGGCCUGGGGCUUUGCUAUCGGCUGGAACCUCGUCUACGGCAACGUGCUGUCCAUCCCGAGCGAGAUCACCGCCAUCUGCGUGCUGUUCCAGUUCUGGGCCGACGAGCACCCGAUAUUCAGCAACCAGGCCGUCUUUAUCGUCAUUUUUAUAGUGCUGACCGUUGCCGUCGGCAUGUCGCUCGUCGACGUCUUUGGCGAGGUCGAGUUCGUCUUUGCCCUCCUGAAGAUCAUGCUCGUCGUCUUUCUGAUCGUGCUUGGCCUCGUCAUCAACCUGGGCGGCAUCCCCGGCACGCCCCGCAUCGGCUUCGCCUACUGGCAGGACCCGGGCCCCUUUGUCGAGCACAUCGGCGCCGGCGACUGGGCAAAGUUCCUGGGCUACUGGAGCGUCAUGACGGGCGCCGUCUUCUCCUUCGCGGGGGUCGAGUCGCUCGCCAUGGCGGCGGCCGAGACGCGCAACCCGCGCCGGGCCAUCCCGCGCGCCUGCAAGCGCGUCUUCGCCCGCGUCGUCUUCUUCUACCUGCUCGCCGUCCUCGUCGUCGGCAUGCUCGUGCGCAGCGACGACCCGCGCCUCAGCAACGGCAGCGGCACCGCCGCCCAGAGCCCCUUUGUCAUCGCCGCGUCGGCCGCCGGCGUGCGUGCCAUCCCGACCGUCGUCAACGCCGUCGUCAUCACCUCGGCCUGGUCCGCCUCCAACCAGAGCCUGCUCGCCGGCACCCGCGUGCUCUUCGGCCUCGCCCUCAAGGGCCAGGCCCCCGCCGUCUUCCUGCGCACCACCUCGUGGGGCACCCCCUACGUCUGCGUCCUCUUCUUCGCCGCCUUCAUGCUGCUCAGCUUCUUGAGCCUGUCCAACGGCGCCCUGACCGUGUUUUACUGGUUCGUCGCCCUCACCUCGGCCGGCGUGCUCAUCUCGUGGUCCUCCAUCCUGCUCAACCACAUCCGCCUCAUGCGCGCCAUCAAGGUACAGGGCAUGUCGCCGAGCAGGCUGCCCUGGCAUAAUGCGUGGACCGUCUACAGCUCCCCGGCGGCCUUGGCCAUGUGCAUCAUCAUCCUCCUGACGGGCGGCUACGAGGUUUUUGUCGAUGGGAGAUGGGAUGCUCAGCAGUUUGUGUCACACUACCUAGACAUUCCGCUCGUGCUCUGCGGCUACCUGGCCUGGAAGUUUGCAAAAAAGACAACCAUCACCCCUCUUGCAGACAUCCCCCUCGAAGAAGCCUUCCAGCACGUGGAGCAGAACCCCGAGCCGGUCGAGAAGGUGGCCGAGGGCUGGAUUCUGGCCGUGUCUUGGCUCUGGGACUGA